AUGAUAUUUGAUGGAAAGAAGUGUGUAACUUCUCAAAUUGUUAUGAGUUGUUCAGAUGGUGAAUAUAUCAAUUCCGGUCUUUGUCAACAAUGCUCCACCAAAUUUGCGAAUUGUAGUUUGUGUACCAAAGAACGUUGUUUAAUAUGUAGUGGAGAUACUCUUCUUUCAAAUGAUGUGUGUGUUUUUAAAGAAGAAUGUACACCCACGUUGUCUAACAAAUGUAUUUGUUCUUCUGGUGAGAUAUAUGAUGGUGUUUCAUGUGCCAACAAGAUUACAAAUUGUCUUUUUCAAGUCAGUUUAGCAUGUGUACAAUGUCAAGAAAAUUAUGUGUUAUAUAACGGCACAUGUGUGACACUCGAUGAUACAAGCAAUAUUUUAGAAUUCACUGGGUGUGAAGAAACAACACCGACAGGAUGUUUGGUGUGUUCUGAAGGAUAUUACAAUGAAAUAGGUAUUUGUGAGUCAUGUCCAAUUGGUUGCACGACUUGCUUAAAUGCUUUCACGUGUCUUUCGUGCUCUUCUGGGUUAUACUUAAAUGAACACCAAUGUAAUAACAACACUGAAUUGACAGGUAUUUGUCUUCAGUUCAAUAUGAAUGGCGGUUGUGUCAAGUGUGCAGAUGGCUAUUAUCGAGAAGAGUUUGGUUGUUCCAAGUGCUCCACUGGUUGUAAGACUUGUUACACGUCUUCUCAGUGUUAUUUGUGUGACGAAUACAAUUUUAUGACAGAGGAAAACGUCUGCAAGCUUAAAUCUACCAUCACAAAUUGCUCUACAGAGAUCAGUUCACAGAAUGGCUGUUCUCAAUGUGAUGAUGGGUAUUAUAACAAAAAUCGGCAAUGUUACAAAUGUGAUUUAAUAUGUAAGACGUGUUCUAGUUCUGAUUUAUGCAUUUCAUGUAAUGACGACCAUGUGUACUCUUCUGGGAGUUGUUUGAAGCUUUCACAAAUAACUGAUUGUGUUGUUGUAAAAGGAUCAAAGUGUACCAAAUGUUCGUUCUGGAAAAAGCCCGACACGAGUGGUGUUUAUUGUAAGUCGAGUGUAGUGUGGUGGGUCAUAUUCCUAGUAGUUAUCUUUGUUCUUUUCAUGAUUAUUACUGUACUUAUUUGCAUAAUACUAGCAAUGAAUUUUUUCAUGAAGCUUGCCAGAACUCGCGAGAUGAAACAAAACGUCCAUAUUUUUUGUAUGAAGAAAAUGGGUGUCCAGUUUGUGAAGAAUUUGAAUGCUCUUAUCGCACUGAAUAAACCAAACAUCAUAUUUGGCGAUGAAGAGAAGAUCCCCAUCAACACCGAAACGGUCGAGAAUCUCUGUAUUGGGAAUGUCUCCAAACACACUCUCAAAGUUCAAUUUGUUGUCACAAAAAAUGAAAAGUGUGUGAUACGAACACAACCAGAGUUAGUCAUUCUGCAAAAGGGGUUUGCUUGUGAAUUUCAGGUCUUUGUCAACCCACUGUGUUCCUGCAAACAAAACGUGUUGGUCAAAAUUGUGACCUUAGACUUAAAAACAGACUCUGUACUAUCCAACGACUUCAGUUUGAGCUACGAGACUCAAUCACAACCCGGCUUGACCCUGACUCGAUUUACGAAGAGAGAAA